AUGACAUCGUUGGCCGCCCUUUUUCCAUGGUUGAUAACGCGGCUGUUCCACCAUCGCGGCAUCAUUGGACACCAGCCUUUUCGAGGAAUUGGCUCUCUCUACUUCUUCGACACUCUGAGUAGCGGCAUAUUCGGUGGUGCUCUCAUCAUAUCCACGGCUCUCAUGAUAUGCGACUCCUCGCCAUUGGAGCCUACCGCCAUCGCCACUUUCGUCACUGGCAUCUUGGCGAGCGUCCAGAACGUGUUAUGGGUGGAAACAUAUGAGCAAACCUCGGCUUCGCAACCGCUAGUGGUGCUUUGCCUCGUCUCGGCUGGCUUCACGAUUUUCAUUUACGCGAAUAAUAUGAGGACUAUCGUUUUUGUUAAACGCGUGGUCCUUUUGUUGCUUCUCGUUUCACUUAUCGCUGCUUCAACGACGUAUGGUUUGCUGAAGCAGAAGACGAUUACCCGUCACCCGGUCGAUGACCUUGUCUACAAGAGCAGGAUCGAGGCAGACCGAUGGCUCCGGCAUGCGACUGUCAGCACCACUCUCAAGCUUGCUGUCGCUGAAUAUAAGGACCGGCAUCAUGGUCGCGACCCGCCACAGCACUUCGACAAGUGGUUCGAGUUUGCGCGGCAACGAAAAUCAGUUGUCAUCGACAGAUUUGACCAGAUCGAAAAGGAUGUUUUCCCUUUUUGGGGAAUGAAGCAGCAGAAAAUAAGGGAUGGCUUGGAGUUCCUCAAAAGCCAACCAGAUAUUGGUAUUAUUGAGAUCGCGGGUGGCAAAGCAACUCACAACGAACCUUCAGACCCGUCACAGAAGAUGAUAUUGGACGAUACCGUGUCGAUGAUCAACACCUUUGCCGAACAUCUGCCCUCGAUGUCGAUUGCUAUCAACUUGGAAGAACGGCCAAGGGUUUUGGUGCCUUGGGAUGAUGUCCAUCGAUACCGGAUGGCCGGGAGCAAACCGGGCUUCCAACUUCUAUCUGGGCGCUUACAUAGGCGCGAGAUCUUAGAAUCUGCUGAUGCAGUCAAGCUGAAUCCGAAGGCUGUCGACCUACCAUAUGUGUCUGCACAAAAGUUUCGACAGCUCCAAGCUCUAGCUUGUCCUCCUGGAUCGCCUAGCCGUGGCGGUGUGCAUUGGGACGUGCGAGGUUUCUGUUCCUCGUGUACUCUUCCGCACUCUAAGGAACAGUUUCUACAAGACUGGGAGAUGUCUCUCGAUCCAUGCCACCAGCCUGACAUAUUCAAUCUCCACGACUUCCAUACCACACCCCAUCGCUUUGAAUUAUACCAGGAUCUUUUACCGCUCUUCAGCAGAUCCAAAACGGCCAGUUUCAACGACAUUCUUUUGCCCCUUAUGAGGCCUGACGCCAGCUUGGAAGAUGAUGGCAAAGCUUUGGGGAUUAAAUCGGAAACCGUCUUCUGGCAAGGCGACUCGAAUGUAGAGGCACUGACGCAUCAGUCCUUACAUGGCAGCCAUCGGCAUCGCCUGGUACAUCUUGGUAACAAUGCGAGUGCCGGUGACGAGGUCCCGGUGCUCCUGGGGAUAGGAUCUGGCAAAGAUAGCAGAUUCCGAUAUGAACAUACUCGGAUCAGAGAUGCGAACAGCGUCAUGCCCUUCCAGUUCUCCCUGACACGCUCUGCGGAGAACUGUGACGACGCUAACUGCCAACUGCUGCAGCAAGAGUUCGGCUUCGAGCCGCCCAGCAGAGCACUUGACAAUCGGUACAUCAUGCUGCUCGACACUGCAGACGGGCCACCUCCGGACUUGGUCCGGACGUUACGCUCCAACAGUGUCCCAUUGCUAUCCACCAUCUUCCAAGAAUGGUAUACAGAACGCCUCAUGCCAUGGGUGCACUUCAUACCGAUCGACUUUAGGUUUCACGGUCUGCAUAGUACGAUGGCCUACUUCAUUGGCUUAAAGGGACGUGGAAGCCUCAACGGGCGGGAACAGCUUACCGAAGGCCGCUUGGAGGAUGCAUUUUGGAUCGCCGAGCAAGGUCGCAAGUGGGCUGACAAGGCCAUGAGAAGGGAGGAUAUGGAGACGUACCUAUUUCGACAGCUGCUAGAAUGGGGAAGGGUCAUUCAAGAUGACAGGGACGAACUGGGCUUUGUAUUGAAAGACUGA